AUAUUUUCCCCAUUUUCCCCCAUUUUUUCCCCAUUUUCCCCCCUAUUUCCCCCCAGUUUUCCCCCCCGAAUUCCCGGCUCCAUGGAAUCCCAGUGCGAUUACUCCAUGUACUUCCCGGCCGUUCCCUUCCCGCCGCGGGAGCUGCUGGCGGGAGAAUCCUCCGGUUACCGGGCGCUGCCGCGCCGCAACCACCUGUACCUGGGCGAGACCGUGCGCUUCCUGCUGGUGCUGCGCCGCAACACCGGGAACGCCGACAGGAACACCGGGAAUACCGGGAAUGCCGAGAGAAACACCGGGAACGCCGAGAGGAACACUGAGAGAAACACCGGGAAUGCUGAGAGGAACACCGGGAAUGCCGAGAGAAACACUGGGAACACCGGCGGCGCCGACCGGAACACCGGGAACGCCGACAGGAACACCGGGAACGCCGACAGGAACACCGGGAAUGCCGAUAGGAACACCGGGAACGCCGAGAGAAACACCGGGAAUGCCGACAGGAACACCGGGAACACUGAGAGAGCUCCUGGGAACACUGAGAGAAUUCCUGCCAAUCCUGAGAGAAUUCCUGCCAAUUCUGGCGGAAUUCCCGCCAAUUCUGGUGGAAUUCCCGCCAAUUCCGAUGGAAUUCCCGCCAAUUCCGACGGAAUUCCCGCCAAUUCCGACGGAAUUCCCGCGAAUUCUGACGGAAUUCCCGCCAAACCUGAGAGAACACCCGCCCACUUCAGUGCAAACCCCGCCCACUCCAGUGCAGACCCCGCCCACUCAAGUGCAGACUCCGCCCACUCUGGCAUAAACCCCGCCCACUCCAUCGCAAACUCCGCCCAUUCUGGCACAAACCCCGCCCAUUCUGCCUCAAACCCCGCCCAUUCUGCCCCAAGCCCCGCCCCCAGCUCGCCCUGGGCGCAGCUGGCGGCGUCGCUGUCGGCGCUGGCCACGGUGACCAGCGGGGACACGCGGACACGGGACGAGGACGAGGAGGAGGAGGAGAACCCCGGGAAUUUCGGGAACGGCCCCGAGGAUUCCCGGGAGCCGCCGCUGUUCCGGGAGUGCCGCGCGCUGCUGACGCACGCCCGGGGCCCCCCGGGCGGCGCCGGGGCCGGGCUCCCCGUGGACGAUCCCAUCAUCUCCCAGGACGAGGUCAUUUUCCCGCUCACCGUGGCUCUGGACCGGCUCCCGCCCGGCACCGCCAAGGCCAAGAUCGUGGUGACCGUGUGGCAGCGGGACACGGAGCCCCCGGAGCUGCAGGAGGGGACAGGGACAGGGCCAGGGCCAGGCCAGGUGACAAUGACAGGGACAGGGACAGGGACAGGGACAGGGACAGGGACAGGGCCAGGGCCAGGGGGGUACCUGAGGCUGCUCCAGGGCCGCGCCCCCGGCCAGGUGUUCCGGCAGCAGCACGGGGCCUUCAAGGCACAAGUGUCCACGCUGCUGACGGUGCUGCCACCCCCCCGUGUCCGCUGCCGCCAGGUGACCGUGUCCGGCAAGUACCUGACCGUGCUCAAAGUGCUCAAUGGCAGCUCGCAGGAGGAGCUGUCCCUGUGGGACGUGCAGGUCCUGCCCAAUUUCAACGCCAGUUACCUGCCCGUGAUGCCCGACGGCUCCGUGCUGCUGGUGGACGACGUCUGCCACCACUCCGGGGAGGUCCCCGUCGGGGCGUUCUGCCGCGUCCCCGGGUGCCACUCGGGGUGGCCGUGUCCCCUCAGCGCCCUGGAGGAGCAGAACUUCCUGUUCCAGCUGCAGGCGCCCGAGCGGCCACCCCGCGACGCCAAGGAGGGCCUGGAGGUGCCGCUGGUGGCCGUGGUCCGGUGGUCGACGCCAAAGUUGCCGUUCACCAACAGCAUCGUCACCCACUACCGGCUGCCGAGCAUCCGUCUGGAGCGGCCGCGCUUCGUGAUGACGGCCACCUGCGAGUCCCCCGUGGUGGCCCUGCAGCGCUUCACUGUCACCUACACCCUCCUCAACGACCUGCAGGACUUCCUGGCCGUGCGCCUGGUCUGGACACCCGAGGCCACCGCCGGGCGGUCCCGGGGCUCUCUGGACUCGGUGGUUUGUCACACGCCGCUGACCAACCUCGGCUACUCCCGCAAGGGCAGCGCCCGCACCUUCCGCGUGGCCUUCCAGGCGCUGCGGGCCGGUCUCUUCGAGCUGUCGCAGCACAUGAAGCUGAAGCUGCAGUUCACGGCCAGCGUCAGCAGCGCCCCGGCCGAGGCGCGGCCCGUGUCCCGCAGGGGCAGCCCCGGCUCUCCGGCCGUGCGGGAGCUCGUGGCCGGCCUGGGCCGCUCCCAGUCCUUCUCCCACCAGCAGCCCGCCCGCAGCCACCUCAUCAGGUCGGGCAGUGUCAUGGAGCGCCGCGCCAUCACGCCGCCCGUGGGGUCCCCCGUGGGACGUCCCCUGUACCUGCCCGCGGGUGACAAAGCCGUGCUGGCCCUGGACAAGAUCGCCAAGAGGGAGUGCAAGGUGCUGGUGGUGCCACCCCUGCGGUGACAGUGCCACCCCUGCGGUGACAUUGGGGACACUGGGGACAG